GAUAAGUACACUCUGGUGAGUGGCAUAAUCGCUAGCACGAGGUUGACCUCUCGACAGGUUGUGGCUGUUACCGGAGAUGGUACCAACGACGGUCCAGCGCUGAAGCGCGCAGACGUGGGCUUCGCGAUGGGCAUUGCGGGCACUGAUGUUGCAAAGGAGGCCUCAGACAUUAUCCUAACCGACGACAAUUUCACUAGCAUUGUCAAGGCUGUAAUGUGGGGCCGCAACGUCUACGAUUCGAUCACAAAGUUCUUGCAGUUUCAAUUGACCGUUAACUUGGUUGCCAUCACUGUGGCUUUCGUCGGCGCUGUCGCUCUUAAUAUCGGACCGCUGCUGCUACUCAAUUCUCUUCACUUGUUGCAACUAGCAGGCUGUUAG